CGAUUGAGCCUCACAUCUGUCACCGUCCGUCGGUAAUCCUGUUUCUUUGCCAUCCAUCAGCCUUGUCGUCGUUCUCAGCGCUCGUUCAGCUUUUGCAGCGCAGUCACUCGCUUUCCUAUGAUGUGGUAAACUGGUAGGGUCGCAAAGGGUGCAAGAUCCUGACGCCUACGCUCGUUUGGUGGGAAGGCUGCGUGCGCGAUGUCUGCGAAGGCUGCUAUCCUGUGGCUUCUGGCUGCAACUGGUGCGACUGCUCUGGAGCCGCAUAGAUGGAUACGACAUCUGGGCAGGCAAGCAGUAGACCCGAUAUUCAGCCCGAAUAGCACAUUUGUCGGGCCGAGCAUAACAAGCACUACGACCACAAUCACGACUACUAGCUCUUCCUCGAGUCUAUCGCUUUCGAGCUCGAGUCCACCGGUCGUUCUUGUUGGAAUAACAACCACUCUUACUGUCGAGACUACUACAGCUACGCCAAGUGACGUCCUAACCUUCAGCUCCAGCGCACCUAUAUCGGCUUCAUCAAAUACCUCCGCCUCAACGUCAACGCCCACAUUGGCCGGCACUGCGCCAAUAUUCUCCGGUCAGUCUGCGGUCGGUUCAGGCACGGCAGUCAGCACUUCGUCGAGCCCUUCGGCUGGUCUGUCGUCGAGUGCCGGCACAUACAAUGGCAACACCACCUACUCGUAUCAGCCUACCGGCACUGUAUCCUCACCUUCCGUGACAGCCAACAAUGCCGUCUGUACUGGACAGACACUAGAUGUCCUUUCCGCCUCUCUGGACUGGUGGUACACUGAGACCUACACUUAUGCCGCCUCCACGGUCUCUCUCGAGGUCGGUCGGAACGGGACAUCAUGGACCGUGGUUCCGGCAUCGACUACGUUCGACCUUGCUUCAGCUAUUGCCCAGCCGGGCUUCUGCUCCCCAACACCAGCUCCUGUCGCUGCAUCCACAACGAUCGUGACCGUAAGUGGAUAUGCGCCCUUCAACGCCACUGCUGGCACGGGGACCAUCCCCAAUGUUGCCAUCACGCCAGCACCGGCAGUAGUUACGCUUCCGAGCUCCGCAGGCACGUAUGCACAGGGCACGCCGUUUGUGUAUUUCAGCCAAUAUCAGAUCAUCAGCCAAUAUCCUACCACGGCUGAGAAUGGCAGCGUGGGCUGCGCAGAGACAACGAGCGUCUAUAACAUGUCAGCGCCUUUCAGCUUCGAGUACACUGGACCGCCGCCGAAUGGCUCAGAACUGGUUGGCGCAGGUGUGACUGGCGACGUCAAUCCUGCCCUUCUGCCUCUAGUAGGUCAGACCUCGGCCACUGCUGGUUCAUGGGUUGCAAUAGUGGAGGGCGCUGCGCCUGCUCUGGCUAGUCUCACCUUGACGCAACUGCAGACACCCGUCCCUACUCUGCCUUCCGGCUACACCACCCAAUCAGGCUCCUCUCUAUCUGUCUCAGCGUUUUCCGCCCGGCUGGAGUCGACGCAGACGGCUCUUCUACUGCCUACCUCUACCAUUACCACUACGUCGACAAUCGCCAGUAUAUACCCGAGCCCAGCGCUCGGCAGCUCAGAAACAGCACUCCUACUGCCAGCAACAGAUUCUGGCACGACCACGAUACAAACAGGAGGACAGACCGCCACAGCCACUGCCCUACAAGAUCAAAGCCCAACUACAACGCAGGCUGGUGGAGCCAGUACUCCUACUACUGCCGACAAUGGCGGCUCUGGCAGCACCACUGGCGGCUCGAGUGGCGCUGUCGACAUCGGUAACUUGGUCUCGGCUAUUGUGACCGCUGCUCAGCCAACAAAUGCGCUGCAAGUGCUGAGCCAGGCCGUGCAGCAGACCACCACGGCGGCGGCUCCGAAUGCGGUGGACAUUCUUAGUGCUGCACAGGCAACGCCUAGCGACAAUCCCACCGCAAUCGCGAUCAUUUCUGGCGUUGGUGGAUCGUCCGGAUCCAGUGGGAGUGGAGGAUCAGGUUCCGGCGACUCCGGCAGCGGGAGCGGAGCCUCUGGGUCUGGCUCUUCAGGAACUGGCGCAGGUUCCGGCUCGUCAGGAUCGUCUGGGUCGGGAUCAUCUGGCUCAGGGUCGUCUGGGUCAGGCUCAGGCUCAGGCUCAGGCUCAGGCUCCGGCUCCGGCUCCGGCUCAGGCUCAGGCUCAGGCUCAGGCUCAGGCUCAGGCUCAGGUUCAGGCUCAGGUUCAGGUUCAGAUUCAGGCUCAGGCUCAGGCUCAGGCUCAGGCUCAGGCUCUGGCUCAGGCUCAGGUUCAGGCUCAGGNGCUCAGGCUCAGGCUCAGGCUCAGGCUCAGGCUCAGGCUCAGGCUCAGGCUCAGGCUCAGGCUCAGGUUCAGGUUCAGGUUCAGGUUCAGGUUCAGGUUCAGGCUCAGGCUCAGACUCCGGCGCUGGCUCCGGCGCUGGCUCGGGAUCGUCAGGUUCAGGAUCAUCUGGUUCCGGCUCCGGCUCCGGUUCCUCUCCAGGCCAGCUGGUCGCUCUCCCAGCGCCCUUGUUGAUCAUUGCAGGCGAUACGGUCUCCGCCAACUCGGCCACAGCUUCUAAUGGUGAAGCUGCCUACUCGGUCGCGAGCCAGACACUGCAGGCUGGUGGUGCGCCGAUCGUAGUGA